GGUGGGAGGCCCAGCCUCCUUCAACUCUGGACUCUGCCCAGGGAUUUCCAGUGAAAUGAGAAGGCUGGCCAAAGCCCAAGCAGGUUGGAUCCAGCCCAUCCCCGUGGAAACACACACUUGCGUCUGUCCCCCAGAGGGACGUGUUGACCACAAAUAUCUGCAAGGUCUGGCUCAUGGAGGACGACACACCAAGAGGAAGAGAGUCCAUCUCUCUCGCCUCAGUGGCCAACGGUUUGGACAACAAGGGGGCUGAGCUGUUGGAAAGUCUGGAGGAAGGCCGAGACCCUGGCAGCAACGCAAGCCCUUCAGAAGUUGGGGACAGCUGGAGCAAGGCUGGCCCAGAGCCCUCCUCGGGAUGGAGAAGGAGGCUGCAACCAGCCCUGAGAGUGAGACACUUCUGCAGGGAGCACGCACAGCUGUUCCGCUGGAUCUGCAUAGGCCUGCUCUGUACCGCAUAUACUGCCUUCCUGCUGGCCGCCUGCAUCCUGAAUUUCCAGAGGGCCCUGGCACUGUUCGUCCUCACCUGUGUGGUCCUCGUCUUCCUGGCCCACAGCCUGCUCAAGCGGCUGCUGGGGCCAAAACUGCUGAGGUGUGUCAAACCUCUAGGGCAUCCCUGCCUGAAACUCUGGUUUAAGAGGGGUCUAGCCCUUGCUGCUUUCCUGGGCCUGGUCUUGUGGCUGGCCCUGGACACCUCUCGGCGGCCUGAGCAGCUGGUGUCCUUUGGCGGAAUCUGCGUGUUCGUUGGCCUCCUCUUUGCCUUCUCAAAGCAUCACCGCGCAGUGUCCUGGCGGGCUGUGUUCUGGGGUCUUGGACUGCAAUUUGUACUCGGACUCAUCGUCAUCAGAACAGAACCAGGGUUUAUUGCAUUUCAGUGGCUGGGCGACCAGAUCCAGGUCUUCCUGAGCUACACUGAGUCCGGCUCCAGCUUCGUGUUUGGGGAGGCUCUGAUCAAGAAUGUCUUUGCCUUUCAGGUUUUGCCCAUCAUUGUUUUCUUCAGCUGUGCCAUGUCAGUUCUCUACUAUGUGGGCCUCAUGCAGUGGGUGAUUAUGAAGAUCUCCUGGCUGAUGCAGAUCACCAUGGGCACCACGGCCACAGAGACCCUGAGUGUGGCUGGGAACAUCUUUGUGAGCCAGACCGAGGCUCCUCUACUCAUCCGACCCUACUUGGCAGACAUGACACUCUCUGAAAUCCAUGUUGUCAUGACUGGAGGCUACGCUACCAUUGCCGGCAGCCUGCUGGGCGCCUACAUCUCCUUUGGGAUCGAUGCUGCCUCCUUGAUUGCGGCCUCCGUGAUGGCUGCUCCUUGCGCUUUAGCUCUCUCCAAGCUGGUCUACCCAGAGGUGGAGGAGUCCAAGUUCAGAAGUAAGGAAGGCGUGAAACUGACCUACGGAGAUGCUCAAAACCUCUUAGAAGCAGCUAGCAGUGGGGCUGCCUUGUCCGUGAAGGUCGUGACCAACAUCGCAGCCAACCUGGUUGCCUUUCUGGCUGUGCUGGACUUCAUCAACGCUGCCCUUUCCUGGCUGGGAAACAUGGUGAACAUCCAGGGGCUCAGCUUCCAGCUCAUCUGCUCCUACAUCCUGCGGCCGGUGGCCUUCCUGAUGGGCGUGGCCUGGGAGGACUGCUCGGUGGUGGCGGAGCUGCUGGGGAUGAAGCUGUUUCUGAACGAGUUCGUGGCCUAUCAGGGGCUCUCCGAGUACAAGCAGCGCCGCCUUGCGGGCACUGAGGAGUGGGUCGGCUCCAAAAAGCAGUGGAUCUCUGUCAGAGCAGAAAUCCUCACAACGUAUGCCCUCUGUGGAUUCGCCAACUUCAGCUCCAUUGGGAUCAUGCUGGGAGGCCUGAAAGAGGAAGGGGGGUCAGCAGAUGCAGCCAGAGACGCAGAGAGAAGGAAGAGGGGCCUGUGGAGUCCUGGCCCUGAGCCCCCCUGUCCUCCUGCAGCCUCCAUGGCUCCCCAGCGGAAAAGCGACUUCUCCCAGAUCGUGCUCCGGGCGCUCUGCACGGGGGCCUGUGUGUCUCUGGUGAAUGCCUGUGUGGCCGGGAUCCUCUACAUGCCCAGGGGCCCUGCGGUGGACUGUGUGUCCCUCCUGAACACGACCCUCAACAGCAGCAGCUUUGAGGUGUACCAGUGCUGCCACCAGGCCUUCCAGAGCGCCAGCCCGGAGUUCAGCCUAGAGGCCCUGGACAACUGCUGUCGGUUCUAUAAUCACACGAUCUGUGCGUAGCGGGGACAGCACAUCUCUGUGUCUUCUGGGCGUUAUUCUCUCCCAGGAAGCAGCUGCUGCCACCCUUCUCUCUCCAGGCCCCUCUCUCCUGGGGGAAGUCACAGGGCUUAGACCACCUCAGGCACAAAUCGGAAAGGGUGACCAGGGACUGGGCGGAAUGAUGGGUGCCCCCCACCCUUCACCCCCUUUCUGCUCUCACAUUUCCUCCCUCCUCAAAUGUGAAUGCUCAGAGUCGCCUCUGCCUCCUCUGUCUUCUCUGUCCCCCCUGCCCUGGGUCUCCCCUGUUUGCACUCCCCUUCUGUUCCGGGGCCCUCGGCCCUGGCAUUUCAGCCGCCCCCUUCCCUUCUCCUCUUAAGCUUCCCCUCUUAAGCUGUGGCUUAACCCCUGCCACAUGGCUUCUCCUGGAGAUGCUUUCCUCCACUUUCAUGGACCCUCCUACUGCCCUCCCACACAGCACUUUCCAGAUUGGGGGGCUGUGUAGCACUGUCCCCCAAGGUAUGCCGAGGUUUCCAUGAUCCACUAGGUUUGGGAAACACUGAGCUAAAUAAAGUUAGGGGUUUUGUUUUG